AUGGAUAACAAAAAUUUAAUACCUCAAACGGAAGAAAUCAGAGAAUUAGCCCCCGAAGACUUAAAGACUAAAAAAGAAAAUAAUAAAGAAUUUAUUUGUAAUAACCUGGACAAAUAUUUAGUUGAUACACAUGGGAAUUUUUAUCAUACUGAUCCAGAAAUGAUGGGAAGCAAAUACUAUUAUAUAGAUAAUAAUUAUCGCAAUAAAGAGGAUGGCAGAAUAAUGUUUUCAAGCGGUUUUCCUUCUGAACGAAAUGAGCAAAUUAGAAAAGCAUUAUCAGAAAAUAUUAAUAAACCUAGUGUAAAUCAAGCAGCAAUUCAUCAAGCAACAUUUGCACAACAACCAGGAAGAAUGAUGGAAUUUAUGGAAAAGAAAGUCAAUAUUUUACAAGGCGGUAGUGUUUACUUCUUCUAUCGCCCAAAGGUCGAAAAUAAUGCCAUUCAGAAGGAAGAAGUGCAACGUUUUUUUUUCGUUUUACAACCCCAAAAUCAAAGUAAAUAUCAAUUAUUAAUUGUCGGAAAAAAACAACUGCCCACAACCGAAAAAAAUAGUUACUUUUUGUUUUUGGAAGCCAUUAAAAAUAACAAGGAGGAAUUAUUAGCAGCAUUAAAUGAAAAGCAUUAUCUAACCAAAACCAGAGGGGAACGAACUUUACCAGUUUCUCAUUGCCUGGGAGCCGGAAAAUAUUUAUUAGUUAGCCAUAAUAAUCACACCCAUUUUAUUUAUCAAUUGACUAAUCCUUCGCAAGUUAAAGAAAUUCAAAAAGAGUUUAAUUUACAAAAAGAAGACGACUAUUUAAUUAAUAUUAAAAAUCCCCAAGCUGCUACGCCACCAGGAGUGGGGCUGGCCGAAAAGCAAAAAGUUAAAUUUCCUCCUUCUUUACAAAAUAAGUUUGCUCAUUAUUCUUUUAUUCCUCUUGCUACCAGUGAAUUUUUGAAUUAUGAGGGAGCAGAAUUGCUAUUAAUUUCCACGGGAAAAGAAAAUUUAACCAGUCGAGUAAGCGAACUAGAAUCCUGCCUCAAAAAAAUACAUCCUGAUAAUUUGUUGGAUGAAUUUGCUAAAAUAAGUUCUCCUGUCGUCCUAUCUCCAAUUAAGGAAUAA